AUGCACGAGCAUACACUGGCUAGCUCUUGGCCUUGCUGGCAACCGUCUGGACCGGUCACGAAUCGCCCACUCCUGCAAAAAUUUGAAGGGUCUUACGAAGAAGCAGAUCAGGUAGCUAAAGGGCAUUAUAUUGAUCAGAAACUAUAUUUCUCUUACUAUUUGUUGUGCUUGCCUUACCUAAGUCUCGGUAACUUCUGCAGAUUCUGUCGAAAGAACCCUGACAUGAUGGACAGUGUACGGUGGAAUUGUACCCUCAUUGAUCCUGUUACUUUGGAAUUGAUUAGCGAUGUGAUUAUGCGGGAAGGCACCAGAGAAUCCGCCUUUGUACAUGCUGUUUCCGCUGCUGGGGUGGCCUACAGAGUAACGCGCGACUGUGCCCGAGGGCUGAACGAACGAUGCGGCUGCGAUCAAUCAAUGCUCUCAUUGGAUCCACAGGUGCGUAGCUACGAUUACCAGGGAUGCUCCGAUAAUGUCCAAUAUGGAAUAGCCAUAUCGCGAGAGUUUGUCGAUGCUGCAGAGCGAGGGAAAAACGCGUCAAACCGAGCCAUUUUGAAUCUGCACAACAAUAGAGCUGGCAGACAAGUGGGUUACACAUUUUUUUGCAAAGCCUGUGACUGGGAUUUGCAGUUAUCCUAAGG